UAAUAAGAGAAGUUAUUAGCACGUGCUAGACAUAGUAGCAACAUCGCUGAGCAAGCCGUCGUCUUUCAACAGUAUCAUUAGUGAAACUCAUCAGUUAACAUGAAUUUUCGAUCGAUCUCCAUUGGAUUAGUUGCUCUGCUACAGUUAGUACUCUCACAUGGCCCAAAAGAAGACACGAUUCAACCACGUCAUAAACGUGGGCUUUUAUUCCCGAGGGGAAACCCUACCCGUCACCAGUUGAUAGCUGGGUUCGGAAUCCCAGUCGAUCUCGUGCUAGAAUCCAUCACUGCCGGUUAUGUCUUCAAAGCUGUCUACUUUCUACCCUGGAAUUCGUCCCACUGGGUACCGCAGUUUCUCAGACGGGAUGAAGACUCACUGUUUGUACCGCCAGAGCAGCAGAGGAGAAAUUUCGUCGAAGUCGAACCGAAGGUAACGAGCCAGUUGGUGAAUGAAGAAACCGUCGACGGUACUGAUGACUGGAUUAGGAGGAUCCGUUGGCAAAUCUAUCGGAUGCUGGAGGCAAUUGUUGAUGAGAAAGGCUACAACGGGCGAAGUUGCCUUCUUCGAACGAUCUGCGAAGCCGCGGAGGUAAAAUUCUCCCACUCAAGUGGAAUCAUAGGUGAGCUUCUGCACAUUCUCUUGGCCCCUUCAACGACACCAGACGAACCCGUGGAGACAAUCAAUCAGGUAGAUUACAAACGAGCGGAACAGCUAGCCAGCCAGAGUAGUCCCCGGCGAAGGUUCGGUGGAUCGGUCUGUUCGGAUAUGUACGCCGAGUGCCCAUUUUCUUUGUUGGAUGUUUUUUCUGGCAUUUUGUGAAAUACAGUUUUAAUUCUCUGCU